AUGUAUCUGUUAAAACCUUUUCUUGUCAUACUGAUGCUGUCGACAUUUACUGGAACAGCUGAUGGAUAUUACGACUAUAUCAAGCAGCAAUGCUUCUACAGCACCAGUGAUUACAGUGAUAUGGUGUAUCUUGCUUCAUAUUCCUUCAAUAAAGUUGUGGAUACUCAGUUCAACAGCUCUGUGGGGAAGUUUGUGGGGUACACUGAACAGGGACUGAUAUUUGCAGAGAACUUCAACAAAGACCAGGCCUACUUGCAUCAAUUGAAAGCUCAAGUGGACACAUUCUGCAGACAUAAUGCUCAGAUCUGGGACUCAGCUGUACGUGAUAAAGCAGUACUACCAGAGGUAACAAUCAAGUCAGUGAGGCAGGCUGAAGGCAGACAUCCAGCUGUGUUGCUGUGCAGUGCAUAUGAAUUCUACCCUAAAAAAAUCAAAAUGUCCUGGCUGAGAGAUGGUAAAGAGGUGACCUCAGAUGUGACCUCCACUAUGGAGAUGGCUGAUGGAGACUGGUACUAUCAGAUUCAUUCUCACCUGGAAUACACCCCUAAAUCUGGAGAGAAGAUCCAAUGUUUGGUGGAGCACGCCAGCUUAACUCAACCUCUUACUAAAGAUUGGAAUCCCCAUAUCUCUGAGUCUGACAGGAAUAAAUUUGCCAUCGGAGCAUCUGGUCUGGUGCUGGGAAUCAUCAUAGCGAUUGCUGGACUCAUUUACUACAAGAAGAAAUCAACAGGGAGAAUCCUGGUACCAAACUGA